UCAUCCUGUGACCCCCGCGCGUUUGAGUGAAAUGGUACGUUCCAGACCGAGCUAGGUAAAGAGCAUAGUUAUGCGUGUGGAGGACCACACAAGCGCAAAAAUACUGUUAGUCUAACGAGGUAUUUACGCGUUUAGCAUCGUUUUUUUGGACAAUGUAGUCAGUUUUAAUGUGUAAAAUGCACAGUGUAAUGUAAACCCGCUACUGUCCUGGUGCUGUAAAUGCGCUGUCGGGUGAACUGGAGCGGAGACUGUAGUGAAAACAGUGGUGAAAGCGGAUAGAGAGGAAGACGCGGGCGCCUCGGCAACUUAGCCAGUGAUUUGUUAUUCCAGCGUCCAUCUUUAGCUCUUACUGACAGAACUGUGAAGUCGGGUUGAAAAGGUGAGGCUCGCCAGAGAUGAUGCCGAAUUUGGCGGUUGUGCAAAGCCGCAAAAGCGAAGGACACAGGCCGAGCGAAGGGAAGCGCAGGAGGAUGCUGAUUCCCUACCAGGGUAUAUCCAUGUGGACAGGAGGUGUUCCCUAAUCUCAAAGCCCCUCCCCUUCCCUUACCCAUUCCCCUCCUUGGAUCCUGCCAUUGGUGGUUCUUUUCGCUUGUCGCACCUUGGUCACCAUGACGUCCACUCUGCAGACGUUGGCCUUCAAACUGGCUCCGCCUCCACGAGAAGUUGGUCCAGAGCCACUGGAUCCUUGCGAUUUGGGAACGGAUCGUCGGUAUGAGGUUGUACCCUCUGUGGUCUGCUCCAUGUGCUGCCUGUUCGGCAUCAUCUACUGCUUCUUUGGCUACCGCUGUUUCAAGGCCGUGCUCUUCCUGACAGGCCUGAUGUUCGGCUCAGUGGUGGUCUUUCUCCUGUGCUACAAGGAGCGAGUGCUGGACACACAGCUGAGCGCUGAGGCGAGCGCGGGCAUCGGCCUGGGCAUAGGCACACUGUGCGGUCUGGUCACCAUGCUAGUGCGCAGUGUUGGCCUCUUCAUGGUGGGCCUGCUGCUGGGUCUGCUGGCAGGCAUUGGCACUCUGGUGGGCAUGGAGGAGUUGUCAUCAGCACCACCACGCUCCGUGUGGGUACCGCUCGGGGUGCUGCUGGGCCUGGGAAUGCUGUUUGCUGUUCUCACACUGCAGUGGCAGCGCUUCUUCACCACUCUGUCUACAGCAGCGUUCGGAGCAGCAGUCAUCGCUGUGGCAGCUGAUUAUUUUGUGGAGCUGUUCGCAUUGGUGCGCUACAUCUAUGAGCGAGUGAAGGCUGUACCGGCGCGCUCCCAGUGUUGGGUGACGUGGGCCGUGCUUGGAGCCUGGCCUGCCCUCGCCCUGCUGGGAGCGCUCGUGCAAUGGCGCGUGACAGCUGAGGGAUACUCCCACACUAAAGUGAUGAUAAGCCGUCAGCAGCGGCGAGUGCAGCUCAUGCGGAUCCGACAGAAGGAGGAGAGGAGAGAGUGCAGCAGGAAGAAGAGGAGGAAGCAGCAGUCUCAACACCACACACACUCAGGCAAAGCAAUGCACCCAGAGCCACCGUACCGUAGGAAACCCCAGCCCGUCCGCCGCUAUGAUGGAGAUGUCCUGUCUCCUAGCUACAUCCAGAGUUUCCGAGAGCGGCAAGGAGAAGGGUGUGUGUAUCCUGGUGCCCGGCUCUCUGGCACACACACAGCUGUGGACAUGGACUACGACUGCGGCUCAACCGUCCCCCUCACCUCUGGGGCUGGACCUAACCCUCGAGUGUGACGACACACACUCGCACAUGGUUGCACACUCUGGCACAUUCACCUCACUGUCCUGGUGCUGUCCCUGACCUGUCUGUGCGUACACAGCUGUAAGAACUGUAUAGACAAUGAGCGGGGGGAAGCUACAGACAUGAGCAUGUUGCUUAAUGAGUGUAUUCAAGACUUGCACGCACCUACACACACCCAUACACACUCCCAUUCAUGCAUACGCACACUACUGCUGAACAUGUGCCUGAGCUGUGGCACAUGAGUCACUCUUAGAAUUAUGAGGUGAACAUCUGUAAAAGAAUAAAUCGAGGCUCAGCUCCAUCACACUUUUUUUAAAUUUUUUUUUAAAAUAAAACAUAAUGUCAGUGUGAUAAAGCAGCGCAGUGAACCCCCGUAAACAUUUCCUGUCUAUCCUGCAUUAUUGCAGCGAGGAAAUUCUCUCUUGGUGCUGAAUCUUGUAACAUAAAGAUCCUUCUUCUCAUUGUAAGUCUGUAGAUUCUACCAUUUACAUCUGCAUUGUCAUAGUCCACAUUUUUGUCAUGAACUGUACCAAAUAGCUGUGCAGGAGGGGGAUUGCCUUGAGGGGGAGGCUUUGGAGACUUGCCAGUGGGAGGCUGUCUCAGGAGAAUCUGCUCCUUGGCCUUGUUUUAACAAGGCUGCAGGGGAAAGAGCCAUAUUACAGCAGACUAUCUGGUGCAGUCUGAGCGCAAUUUCUGAUGGUGACAGAAAAACAGGAGGUAAAGUGAUACUCAGGGACGGCUGGAACACUGCGAACUGUUGAAAUGCAUGGAACUAGUGGCACUAGCACCGGUUGGGGGAGUUGAUUGAAAGAAAGACGGAGCUCUUUUUUUCUUUUUGUAGUUGUUGUUUUUUGGACUUCCUGUCACUCAUUGCUGUGCUUUUGCCGUGCCAUUGUAAAGUGUAGUGAUGAUGCCGAUGCCAUCUACUAACAUCUGUGGUGUCCUCAAGAACAAAAUAGGCUUUCUCAUUUCUGAUGAUCUGUGUGUUUGAUAAGACCAUGCUCUUCCAGGGCAUCUGUUGAUCUUUCUUUUUUCCUUCUUUUUUAAUUCUGUUGUCCUGUAUGUUUCAGUCAAGUCGCUGCACUUUUUUGUAUAUAGAAUGCACUAGAAUGCACAUUUAGCACAUUUACUGUUUUAUUUGCCUUUACUAUUUAUUUGACUUACUAGUCAACUGAUUUUGCUAUUUUUUUUUAUUAAUAGGGCGCUGAUUCGAUGGGCAUAUAGAUGUGUUUAUUUAUUUGAUGGCUUAUUUAUUUGCAUUUGAGACAUGCUUACAGACCAUUCUCCAUCUGACAGCAGAGUUUGGUCGCAAAGAACUGACUGAACGGUUCUCAUCAGGACAUGCACCUUACAAUCUAACGUUAUUCUUCUUAUUAUAAAGCAUGUAUUUGUAUGAACCUGGAUAUUACGAUAAAGUAUGUGAUUCCAACA